AUGGUCAAUGGAGCCGAAGCAGUUGGCUCUGUGGCUGAUGGAGGAAGAUGUCCACAAAAGACAUGGAAAUUGCCGGUAGCAGAGCAACCACCGCAUCUUUAUUUAUACAAUAGCUUCACACGGAAAAAAGAACUUUUUGUCCCACUGAAACCAAAGCAGAUCAAAUGGUAUAUUUGUGGACCUACGGUCUACGAUUCUUCACAUAUUGGUCAUGCACGAGCUUAUCUUUCUUUCGAUAUUCUGCGACGUGUUUUGCAAGAUUACUUUGGUUAUGAUAUACAGUAUAUAAUGAAUAUAACAGAUAUUGAUGACAAAAUUAUUAAGAGGGCUCGUCAACUUUAUCUGUUAGAAAAUUACAUUGCUGGGAAAUUUGGUGAACUUUCGAUGACCAAGGUUAUCGAGGACACUCUGUUAGCACUGGAUAAAUUCAAGAGCAAAUGUAUUGAUGAAACUGAUCCAGAUAAAAAGACCAUGUUGGCUGAUAUGUGUGCAAAUGUGAAUGUUGCUGUGAAAAAGCUAGAGUGUUCGUUGCUACAAUCAGAACACCAAGAGUCAGAGAAGUCAAAGAAUGAACUAUUGGAUGCUGCAAAGGAUGUACUCUCGGACUGGUUGGAUUCGCUUUAUCGACAUACAGUGAGCGAUUUGGCUGUCUUUGAUCGUCUUGCUAAGAAAUAUGAAAACGAGUUUCUAUACGAUAUGGCUUGCUUAAAUGUGCUACCACCAACUGUUUUAACUCGAGUUUCGGAAUAUGUCCCUGAAAUUAUUGCAUAUGUAGAAAAAAUAAUAGAUAAUGGUUACGGUUAUGCCACCAAAGAUGGUUCGGUUUAUUUCGACACAGUAAAGUUUGAUAAUACUGAGAAGCAUUGUUAUUGCAAAUUGGUACCAGAAGCAUUUUCUGAUAAUGAACACCUGAUGAAAAAUAUGCGAGAAAGUGAGGGAGAUCUGAGCAUGGGCAACUUGCAAAGUAAAAGAAAUGUCACUGACUUUGCGUUGUGGAAAGCCUCAAAAGACGGUGAACCGUAUUGGAAUAGUCCUUGGGGAAAAGGUCGGCCUGGUUGGCAUAUCGAGUGCUCAGCAAUGAGUUCGAAAAUCUGUGGAUCUUCUUUAGAUAUUCACGCUGGUGGUUUUGAUUUGAAAUUUCCACAUCAUGAUAAUGAAAUAGCACAAGUGGAAGCUUAUUAUGAUAUUGAAAACUGGGUCAAUUACUUUCUGCACUGUGGUUCACUUCGAAUUGCUGGUCUAAAAAUGUCCAAAAGUCUUAAAAAUUUCAUAACGAUUCGCGAAGCGUUGAAACAUUAUUCUGCUCGACAGUUAAGGAUAUUAUUCUUAAUGCAUAAUUGGAAUGAUGUUCUUGAUUACAGUGCUGCUUCGAUGGAAAGAGCUUUGCAGUUCGAAAAAAUUAGCAACGAAUUUUUCUUGCUUGUCAAGGAUUAUUUGCGAAGGCAUUAUAAGCCAAAUAGUAGUGAGAGCUAUCAAAAAUAUGAUGAUGGGGAAUUACUUUUGGUCGGUAAUUUUUCCAAAAUCAAAACUGAGAUAAACAUAGCACUGUGUGAUUCGGUCGAUACACGAACGGUAAUUGAAAAGUUGCGAGAAUUGAUUGGCAUAGGGAAUGCUUAUAUCAAUGAAAUGGAGAAAAAGGAGAACUGUAUACCAAAUUGCUUAUUGUUGCGAAAUAUUGCAUUAUACAUGACUUGGUUACUCAAAAUUUUCGGAGUCGUACCACGAAAUGCUGAUAUUGGUUUUCCAAUAGAAGAGAAUGGAGUGUCGAAUCAUUGUUUUUCCAUCACAUCCAAAGAAGAGUUACUUAUGCCGUAUCUAACAGCACUUGUCGAUUUCCGUGAAAACGUUCGAAAGGUGGCUCGUGAACAAAAAAUCAUCGAGAUCCUUGAAGAAUGCGAUAAGUUGCGAGAUGAAGUUUUGCCAGAAUUGGGUGUACGACUUGAAGACCGAACUGCGCAGACAUGUGUCAAACUUGUUGAUAGAGAGACUUUGUUGCGUGAGCAAGAACAGAAGAAGGCUAUUGAAGCUGCAAAAGAAAAGGAAAAAAAGCGGAAGCAAUGCGAAAAAGCGGAAAAGGAAGCAGCGAAACGUAUACCACCUUGGGAAAUGUUUAAGCAAGGUAAAGAGGCUGAAAAAUUCUUGAGAUAUGAUGAUAAGGGAAUACCGACGCAUCUUGCUAACGGUGAAGAAAUUUCAAAGAAGCAACGGAAAAAACUUGAGAAGCUAUACGAAAUGCAGCAGAAAAGUUAUGAACAGGUUACCCACGAAUUACUCUCAAAUUAAAUGGCUAUAUCAGAAUAUGUCGGCACAACGACACGAAAUUUUGCAAGAUAUUUUCAUUUGCUGGGAGAAAUUUUUCUGUUUUAUUUAAAAAACUUUUGCAGUUCUUGUGAUCGGAAUUUCUAGGUUGUGAAAUAUUGGAUAUUUGUCUUGAAUUUCUCGGAGUUCCAUAGAGUAUAAGAUGAAUAAGGUAAAAGGGGAGGAGUAUG